CUUGUUACUCUUUUUAUUCUCUCGCCAGCCGACUUCGAAAAACUUCUCUCUCUCUCAAACCUGGUUUCUCCGACCAGGUACCCCCUAACUCUCGCGGAAACAUUAGCAGGGAGGUUGAUUUCGGAGAGGAAAAAUGAACGGUGGAGAUUCGAAUCAGCAACCGCAGCCGCAGCAGCAACAGCAGCAGAUGCAGCACCAGCAGUGGGUGGCGAUGCAGCAGUACCAGCAGCAGUGGAUGGCUAUGCAGUAUCCUGCAAUGGCGAUGCAGCAGCAUAUGAUGUACAAUCAGCAUUACGUCCCGUACUACCACCCUCACCACCUCCCUCAGCAGCAGCAGUAUCAGCAACAACCGCCGCCGCAGCCGCCCAAGCAGAAUAAUCAGAUUCAGAGUUCCGGUGAAGAUAACAAGACAAUUUGGAUUGGAGAUCUCCAGCAGUGGAUGGAUGAAGGUUAUCUACAAUCAUGCUUUUCCCAAACUGGAGAGGUUGUUUCAGUCAAGAUAAUCCGCAAUAAGCAGACUGGUCAAUCUGAGAGAUAUGGGUUCAUUGAGUUCAAUUCUCAUUUAGCAGCCGAGAAAGUUCUGCAGAGCUACAAUGGCACCGUGAUGCCAAAUACAGAGCAACCAUUUCGCUUGAACUGGGCAGCCUUUAGCAGUGGUGAUAGGCGCCCUGAAGCUGGUUCUGAUUUGUCAAUAUUUGUUGGAGAUUUGGCAACUGAUGUUACUGAUACGCUGUUGCAUGAUACCUUUGCAAGUAGGUUUCCAUCUGUCAAAGGUGCAAAAGUGGUGGUUGACGCAAAUAGUGGCCGUUCAAAAGGUUAUGGCUUUGUCAGGUUUGGCGAUGAAAAUGAAAGGUCUAGGGCUAUGACUGAAAUGAAUGGUGUAUAUUGCUCUAGCAGACCGAUGCGAAUUGGUGUUGCAACUCCCAAAAAACCUUCACCACAGCAACAGUAUUCUUCACAAGCUGUCGUAUUGGCCGGUGGAUAUCCAAAUGGUAUUGUGCCCCAAGGUCAGUCUGAGAAUGACUCAUCUAACACAACAAUAUUUGUGGGAGGACUUGACUCUGAUGUCACUGAUGAAGAGUUGAGACAAUCUUUUAGUCCAUUUGGUGACGUUGUCUCUGUAAAAAUACCGGCCGGAAAGGGUUGCGGUUUUGUACAAUUCGCAAACCGAAGCAAUGCAGAGGAUGCCAUUCAGAGAUUAAAUGGAACAGUUAUUGGCAAGCAGACAGUUCGUCUGUCUUGGGGUCGAAAUAUGGGAAACAAGCAGUCGAGGGUGGAUCCUAACAGCCAGUGGAAUGGGGCUUACUACGGGAGGCAAGGGUACAAUGGAUAUGGAUAUGGUGCAGUUGCAGCCUAUGGGGCAUCUUCAAAUGGUCACGGGAACCACCAGCAGCCGGUCAGCUAAACCACCCACUGUGCUGUGUGUCUUGAGUUUAUUUAUCAGAGAUACUGUAUCCAAACCCAGAAGUCUCUGGGAGAAAGAAUUUUGUAGCUGGAUUAAAUAUCUCGCCAGACAGGCUUCUUCCUUCUUUUUUUCUUUUUUCUUUUUGAACUUGUGUUUGGGAUUUUGACAUUUAGACAAUGGUACUAGUGUUUUACUUGCUUAAUUAUUCAUUCU